GGACAUGACAUCCGGGAUGGAGCACAUGCACAUGGACAUGCCCCGAUCCUCUCCUCUUCCACCUACCCUACUCUAAAAGCAAGAGCAAGAGCAAGAGCUCCUCUUCCCUUCCUCCGCCGCAUCCCCAUGUGCACUGCAGCUAGCGCACAUUGUUUUCUGUUCCGCCCUCCAGCAGUCGUCUAGGCCGGUCGGCCGGUCCAUUCCAUGGCCGACGACGGAGGAUUAACGCUGCUGCUACCCUACUGUCGGGGCACUGCACGCCACCUAGGAGCACUAACACGCCGCUUCCCUUCCAAUUCCAUCCACGGUAAUCAAUCAUAUUCUUUAUUAAGCUGACAUCCUCUUGCGUCUGCCAAUUCCCAAAUCGAUCGUCAGGGAAACGGCAGGCGAAUAGAAUUUCAAUCAAAUCAUGGUUUAAAUCCAACGAGUCCUGGGCUUGGCACAGUUUGGACAUAUGCACGCCGCACGCCUAAUGAUAAGUACAGUAUACAUACAGGGCUCGAUCAUCAGUUCUGCUUAAUUCAAUGUAUCACAUACCAAUGGACAGCUUGCAUGCGCUCUGUUUCUUGCUUGUAGCAUCUGCCCAUUCUUAACCUAAACUUGAUUGGACUAGUUUAGUUCAAUUCAAUGCACCAGUCAGCCUGCCUGGCCACUCUAAUCUCAAGUUAAUCUCCCCAAAGGCCAAAACCAAAACCAAAACCAAAACCAAGCAGCUAGCUAGCUAGCUCUCAGUCAGCAUGCAAUGGCCCAUGCAAUGCAACGCAUGCCCCCAUGAUAAUGGAGUACUCUGUACUCCUCAUCUUGUUUUUGCCCUGAACGGCUGAACCAGUGAACCGAAACCAAGAAGCAGGGGGCAUCGAAUCCCCAAUCAUAUGCAACAGCCAGACAGCUCAUGCCUGCUGCUCCCAAUCUGCAUGCUGCCAACCCAAGGCCAUGCCCAUCCAUCCAUCCAUCCAUCCAUGAUACACAUACCCUGUCUCCUCCGUCCGUCCAUCCAUUGCUCCUGUGCACAUUCACACACAGAGACACCUGCAGAUGCCAAUUGCCAAGCCAUCAGUUGCAAGCUCUUCUAGUGUUCGUUGCCGCACAAGACUUGAGCUGAUGCCAGUGCCACUGUAACCAGGAGAUCGAUCACGCUAUCGCCAGCCCCUCGCUCUUGGUUCCAUGGGACUGCGAUGCUGAGGGAGGCCGCUAGGCUGCGCAGAGGAGUUUCCACCGCCGCCACCAAGAUCCGCAAGCGCUGCGCCGUGUCGCCGUCGUGGGAGCUGCGGGCGAAGCGGAGCGUGCGCCUGAUCGGCCGGAGCGUUGGAGCCGCGUCACAUUGCCCGAGCAGCAGCAGCAGCUGUAGCAGGAUCAAGAGGAGGAUGAUGUCGGAGCCGUCGUGGACGAACCGGCGUUGCCGCCGCCACGCCGGCGUCGAGGUCGAGACGCGGUCCGCGGCGUCGGCCAGGAAGCUCGUCACCGCGCUCUGGCAGCACGGCAAGGGCGGGAGCGCAUUCGAGGAGGAGGACGAAGAGGAGGGGGAGGUCGGGUGGGACGACGCGGCCGCCAAGCGCCGGAGCUCCUCGGAUCACCGGGGCAGCGCGUCGGUCGAGGUGCUGUCCAAGUUGUCGAGAAGAAAGAUCAAGGCUUUCAAGGAUGAUGGAGAGAGGAGCUGGCACAAUGGCCAUGCUCAUGCUCAUGGCCACUGCUUCUCAGAUGUCAUGAGCAAUGGCGGCACUGUGGGGGGCUGCACUCCAGCACGCCAGGGUGAUGGAAACAGGACAAUCCAGAUGCAGGAGCUGUACAACAGCCUCACGGCUUCCAACGAGCUGGUCAGGGUCCUGGCCAACGUCCUGGGCCCCACGGGAGGCCUCACCCCGACGGCGGCGUCCCUCCUCGCGGCGCUGCGCUCCGAGCUGGACGCCGCGCGGCAGCUCGUGAAGCAGCACAGGCGCGGCGGCGGCGGCGAGGACGACUACGAGCGCCGGCUACGGAGGCAGCUCGCGGAGGAGGUGCGCGCGUGGAAGUGCAGGCACAGGGAGAAGGCCGCGGCGGCCGCGCGCCUUGUCGCCUCGGAGCUCGACGGCGAGCGGCGGUCGCGUCGGCGGGCGGAGAGGGUGGGCAAGAAGCUAGCGGAGGCGCUGGCGGACACGGAGGCGUCGCUGCGGGCGGCCACGCGGGAGCUUGAGCUGGAGAGGGCGUCCAGGGAGCGCCUGGAGAAGGUGUGCGACGAGCUCGCCAGGGGCGUUGGCGGUGGCGGCACGGAGGCAGAGGAGGAGGAACUCAGGCGGGAGGCCGCCACCGCUCUGGAGGAGCUGGAGAGGGAGAGGGAGAUGCUGCAGGUCGCCGACGAGCUCCGUGAGGAGCGGGUCCGGAUGAAGCUGGCAGAGGCCAGGCUCGACUUCGAGGAGAAGAACGCCGUCGUCGACCGCCUGCGCCAAGAGCUCGAGACCUUCUUGGGCACCACCAACGAACGUCAAGAAGAAACGCCUGUCCACCAUGAACUGGUGUCCAAGGAUGUGGUGGAGGAUCAGCAGCUGCAACAACUGGUUCUUGCCUCUGAAUUCGGUGUCGACGGCAUCGAUCGUGUGGUCACAGAAAAGAGCGGACAAGAAGAAAAUGCCGAAGCUGAUGCUGAUGCUGAUGGCGACUCGGAUGGCAGCGACAUCGAGCUCAACAUGGACGGCAACAGCUGGAGCUACACCAACACCUCCAGGUCCAGGGAGACGACGACGGCGGCCAAGAACGCAGCGCUUUCAGUUUCAGACAGAGCAACGGAAUGUGGCGCCGACGUCGGCGCCUUCGAUCGGAGAUCUGAAGCAACGAGAGACGCACCGGAACUGGAACAGGAGUGGGCGGCGGCGGACGGAUGCAGCGACGACGGGACCACCACCAAGGACAUGGACGAGGACGCGGAGAGGUACGAGGCGAUCAAGAACCUGAGGGAGCAGAUGCUGGCCGGCCACGCGUUUCUCUUCCUGUCCAAAGGUGAGACCGACGCUGACAGCGAUCGGCAGCGCCAUGGUUUCACUUCUCAUUUCGAGGACGGUGGCCUCUGGUGAGCACAAUUAAUGCUUGGUGAGUCACAAAAAAAAAAAAAUUAAUGCUUGGUGUUCAGCCGUUGACAGUGACACCAGCCCUCUUUUUCUUCAAAAUUUGUGUAUAGUUUUCGUUUUGGACUUUUAGUGGUCCAUCUGCACAGCACAGUUUUUAGAGUUCUUUUCCUCUGGGGUUUGGAUCGAUACUGUACUUCCACAGGAAUCGUGGUUUCAAAGUUUUGAUGUUUUGGCACUGGCAUUUUGCGUUUGCUAUCACAAUCAAAACUCAAAACUCACAAUAAAUGCCUUAUUUCUGUA